GUAAAUCUGACUGACUUUAAUUUUAAUACACAUUUCUGAAAAGGCAAAAUCAUCAACUCUAAAAUAACAACAAAAUCUUGCACUAACUUGCUCUGUCAAUCAUAAAACAAGCAUGUAUUACUUUGCCCUGUCCCUCCUCAACAAUGUCUAAUUUCUUAUCUGCUUUAUCCUGGUUUGAGAAGCAGCGGAGACAUAUCACAGACAGUCUCACCAUCACGCAGAAAGGACACCGAGGAGAGAGGAAGAAUACAUGUACUUGGAUAUUUUAUGUCUUUUAUUUUGACUUGAAUUUUGUGUUGUUUAAAGUCAAUCCUUUUCUUAACGAGGUCAAAAGCAAUCACAUCUUGUUGUUGGGAACGCCUGGAGCUGCUUUGAUCUGAUGGAAAACUCUACAGAAGAUUCAACUUGAAGACCUGCAAACACUGAAAAGCAGGAAGGAUUCAUUUAUCAUGAAUAUGGAUGUACCACCUUCUGAUUUCAGGAACUUAUUUUAGGCUUCGGGUUUAUUUUACAACCCCUCAGUAGAAACAGUGUGGUUGGAUAUACUUCCUCCAAACUGGAGAAACUAAUUGACGUCAAAGGAGAAGAGAAAACAUUAUCCCCCUUGUAAAGCGGAACUAAACAGCUUGGUACAUCUCGGGGCUUCAAGAACUGAACUUUUGGUAAAAAUUGCAGCAGAAUAGUAGUUCACUUGGAUUUUGAAAAUAAUUUAUCACAAGAAACAUUUUCUCAGGAACAGCUGGACCAAAAAAGAUAGUCGUAGCCAUGGCAGAGAGGAGGCGACCGGGCUACAGCGUGCACAGGAGCGUCCUGGAUGAAGGAGCAGUGGAGGAGAUGGCAGAAAAAUGUGAAACGAAAUCAUCUUUGUCUGAGAAGGUCAAGAAGUCUGUGAGGUGUUCUGGUCCCAGGAUGAAGAGCUGCCUGCUGGGUAGUGUCCCUGUGUUAUCAUGGCUGCCUCGAUACUCCCUCAGAGAAAAUGCGCUGGGGGACCUGAUCUCAGGGAUCAGUGUGGGCAUCAUGCAGCUGCCUCAAGGUAUGGCAUACGCUCUGCUAGCAUCCGUUCCUCCAAUCUUCGGCCUUUACUCCUCCUUCUACCCAGUGCUGAUCUAUUUCAUCUUUGGCACAUCCAAGCACAUCUCCGUCGGAACAUAUGCAGUAAUGAGUGUGAUGAUAGGAGGGGUGAUAGAGCGAGUGGCCCCAGACUCCAACUUUAUGAUAUGGGACAAUGUGACGAACUCCACUACAGUGGAUAUCAUCACCAGGGACGCAGAGAGAGUCCGGGUGGCUGCAGCCGUCACUUUAUUAUCUGGAUUAUUUCAGAUUUUGCUUGGCCUGGUCCAGUUUGGCUUUGUUGUGACCUACCUCUCUGAGCCGCUGGUUCGAGGUUACACCACGGGAGCUGCCAUUCACGUCAUCGUGUCCCAGCUCAAAUAUACCUUUGGUAUCAGCCCCGUGAGAUACAGUGGACCCUUCUCAUUGUUAUACACUGUGUUGGAGGUGUGUUAUAUCAUCCCAGAGACCAACAUUGGUACUCUUGUGGUCAGUAUCGUCGCUAUAAUUGGCCUCAUCCUCGCCAAGGAGCUCAAUGCAUUCUUGAGUAAAAAACUGCCUAUCCCCAUACCUGUGGAACUGCUUGGUAUUGUCGUUGCGACUAUAAUUUCCUGGCAGGUGAACCUGAAUGAUAAAUAUGGAGUGGAUGUGGUGGGGCUGAUUCCCUCUGGUCUCCAGCCUCCUGUCGUCCCAGUAGCCUCUCUGUUUGGUCAGUUGAUUGGGGACGCCUUUGCGCUGGCUGUGGUUGGUUAUGGCAUUGCCAUCUCACUGGGACGAAUCUUUGCCCUCAAAUAUGGAUACAAAGUGGACAGCAACCAGGAACUAAUCGCACUGGGUCUGAGUAACUCCGUCGGAGGAUUUUUCCAGUGUUUUGCCAUCAGUUGCUCCAUGUCUCGCACCAUGGUUCAGGAGAACACAGGGGGGAAGACUCAGGUUGCUGGAGCUCUAUCAGCAAUAGUUAUCCUUUUCAUCACACUCUGGAUUGGAAGAUUCUUUGAAGAACUGCCCAAGGCAAUGCUGGCUGCCAUCAUCUAUGUCAACCUCCAUGGCAUGAUGAAACAAUUCUUGGACAUCCCUGCGCUGUGGAAGAGCAACAAGAUAGACAUGGUGAUCUGGGUGGUCACCUUCAUCCUCACCGUUCUGUUCAACCCUGACCUGGGUCUGGCGGCUUCCAUCGGUUUCUCCAUGCUCACUGUCAUCUUCAGGACACAACUACCAAAAUACUCCCUAUUAGGGCAGGUCCCAGACACUGACAUUUACAGGCCGCUGGAGGACUACAAUCAGGUGAGGAAGGUGCCAGGGAUUUUGAUCUUCCGCUCCUCUGCAACCCUCUACUUUGCUAAUGCUGAGAUGUAUCAAGAAGCCCUGGGAAGGAAGUCUGGCAUUGACAUCACUAAGAUCCUUUCAGCGAAGAAGAAACUCGAGGCUAAAAGGAAGAGGCAUGAAAAGAAAAAUGACAAAAAAGCAAAGAAAGAAGCCAAGAAGAACAAAGUGGGCAUGCAGGGGGAGCCAGAGAGGGAGGUGGAGAAGGACAUUGCUAUUAUUGAGAUGCAUCCUGAGCCCGACCCCUCUCUCCCGAGAGCCAUCGUCCUUGACCUCAGCCCUGUUAACUUCCUGGAUACUGUGGGGGUCAAGACAAUACGCAGUAUCCACAAAGACUACGGGCAGAUUGGUGUUGAGGUGGUUCUCGCGUGCUGCCAAACCGGUGUGGUGGACAACCUGCAGGCCGGGGGUUUCUUUAAUGACAAAGUGACAAAGUCUUGUCUCUUCUCCACCGUCCAUGAUGCUGUUCUGCACUGUCAGUCCUUCAUUACACAGAGCCGAGGAGAAGCAUUGUACGAGGAGAUCACAGGGACACAUUUCUGAGUCCUGAGAGGAACGGUGGAGGACAUCAUGAAGCGUACAUGGUCUGCAUGGGGAUUUACCCUGUGAGUUUCUGAUCACUGGAACUUCUUUCAGUUACACACAGUAACAAAAUACUUGAACAAAAAAAAAAAUGAACAAAAUGUGAAGACCAGCUACAGUCUUACUGUAAUAUGCCAUCUUAAAUUAUACGACUCUGGCUAACUGUGUGAGCUAUUCUUUUUUUUAAUUAAGUUAUUAUGCUGCUUUUUAACAUACAAUAAUCUGAAAAUGAAUACCUGUAUUUCUAAGAAUCUAAACAUCUGCUGAUGUUGAUGUACUUCAAUGAAAAAUAAAUGCUUUUAUUUAGU